UUCAAGUACGUUUAAAUCGAUACAAAACAAUGCAAGUCAAGCGAAAGCAAGUUAAUACAAAUCAACUACAACCUCCAAUAAAAGCAAACCAACGGGAAGCCAAUCCACCCCGAAUCAAAGCAAGCGGAAGCCCAUCCAACCCGAAUCAAAGCAAGCGGAAGCCCAUCCACCCCGAAUCAAAGCAAGCGGAAGCCAAUCCACCCCGAAUCAAAGCAACAGGAAGCCAAUCCACCCCGAAUCAAAGCAAGCGGAAGCCAAUCCACCCCGAAUCAAAGCAAGCCACGUCCCUUCCCCCUCACCUCUCUCUCCCUCAACCCAACCCGGUCGCAUACGUGUCAGUGGAGCCGCGGGUUCGUCGGGCCGCUCGAGCUCAGUGUGUGACCAACCUCCAUUGGGGAAGCACGUGCACGGCCGGCUGCGUGACAAGUGAUUCAACAUGCCUGCAAGUCCGAAACCUCUUUACCAACUGUUCGACGAAAUGUAAAACAAAAUUGAUAACAACAAAAAACAUUUCGUCAAAAUCCGCGUAACCGACCGGACGCACCGGAAAGAGGAACAAGAAAACAAACAAAAGGAACAAGAGAAAAGGACAAAGAAAGACAGAGAUUGAAAAAAAAGAAAGAACGAAUCGGAAAGCGAGUGAAUGAGCCUCACACGUCCGCCCAGCGCCGGCGUCUCUCCACUCCCUCAGGAUCGCCUCUUAUAUAAUCCUAUUAGCCUCUCUCUGAAUGCAGCGGAACUGUGAUUUGAGGUGAAGGAUAAGGCAAAGGAUAUAAGAAAGGCUGCCUCUCCUCAGCUCCCCCUCCCCCAACCUUAUACCCGUCACCUACCCCCCACUCCAGCAGUCUCUCCCAUCCCCCCC